AUGAAUAGGGAAGGUGGAAAUCCUUCUGCUUGCUCCUCAUGUAAACACCAAAGGAAGAAAUGUGACCAAAACUGUGAAUUAGCUCCAUACUUUCCAGCUAGUAGGUAUCAUGAAUUUCAAAAUGCCCACAGGCUCUUUGGUGUGAGCAACAUACUAAAGAUCAUGAACGCAGUUGAGCCAAGCCAAAGACAAGCCACUGCUGAAUCAAUCCUAAUGGAGGGUAAUGCAAGGAGAAAUGAUCCAGUGAAUGGUUGUUUAGGUAUUAUCAGUAACCUUAAGUCUCAAGUUGAGUUUUAUGAAAAACAACUAAAUAUUGCGAAUCAACACCUUGCCAUUUAUCGGGGGAGAGAGAAGCUCGGGCAACAAAAUCAGAAAUUAGAAAACUUAGCAAAUACUCCUUCAUUUGCAUCAAAGCCACCAUUGGCUCCAACUCCUGUGCAACAUGAUCAAAUUGAUGGGUUUAAGCUUUUGUCACCAAUCCUGCCCAACCUAGUAAGAUUAUGA